CGCAGCCACUGAACCACAAGCAGCUUCGCUUUAACUGGAGUGCCUGGGAGUCGCGUGCCAGGAGCCGCACGGCCGGGGACUGACUGACAGACAGACACGCACCGCCGCCGCCACACACGAGACCCGGGCGGGCCGCCGCCGCCGGGGCUUGGCAAACGCGCGUCGCAGAGGUCGCCCGCGGAGCUCGCCACCGCAGCGCCGGCUCGGGCGCGGGACGCAGUGUUGCGCUCCCGGCGGCGCGGGCAUUCCGGGCACCCCUCAGAGCAACAGCACACUUAGAGCCGACGAAGAUGUUCGUCAAAUCUGAGACCUUGGAGUUGAAGGAGGAAGAGGACAUGCUGGUGCUGCUCGGCUCGGCCUCCCCGGCCUCGGCCGCCCUGACCCCGCUGACGUCCAGCGCCGACGAGGACGAGGAGGAGGAGCCGGGCGCGCCGGGCGGGGCGCGCGGGCAGCGCGGGGCGGAGGCCGGGCCGGGAGCGCGGGGCGGCUCGGCGGCGGGGCCCGAGGGCUGCCGGCCCGCGCGGCUGCUGGGUCUGGUGCACGAGUGCAAGCGGCGCCCCUCCCGGGCGCGGGCGGUGUCCCGCGGCGCCAAGACGGCCGAGACGGUGCAGCGCAUCAAGAAGACCCGCAGGCUGAAGGCCAACAACCGCGAGCGCAACCGCAUGCACAACCUCAACGCGGCGCUGGACGCGCUGCGCGAGGUGCUCCCCACCUUCCCCGAGGACGCCAAGCUCACCAAGAUCGAGACCCUGCGCUUCGCGCACAACUACAUCUGGGCGCUCACCGAGACGCUGCGCCUGGCCGAUCACUGCGGCGGCGGCGGCGGCGGCGGCGCGGGCCUGCCGGGGGCGCUCUUCUCCGACGCGGUGCUGCUGAGCCCGGGGGGCGCCGGCGCCGCCCUGAGCAGCGGCGGGGACAGCCCGUCGCCCGCCUCCACGUGGAGUUGCACCAACAGUCCCGCGCCGUCCUCCUCCGCGUCCUCCAACUCCACCUCCCCCUACAGCUGCACUUUAUCGCCCGCCAGCCCCGCCGGCUCGGACGUGGACUACUGGCAGCCCCCGCCGCCCGACAAGCACCGCUACGCGCCUCACCUGCCCGUAGCCCGGGAGUGUGUCUAGAGCUGACAACUCUGCGAGCCACACCAGGCCUAGCGGCUUCCCUUUCCUGUCCCCAGCCGAGCCCUCCUCCCCUCCACCGUCCCCACUUUGCACCACCUCGCUUCACAGGGCAGACGCAGCCGUUCUGAUUCCUCGGCUUGCUGCCUUCCUUGACUAUAUUCAUUCAGACGGGCUGUGAUUUACUGAAGGUGUGAUGGAGCUGGUGGCGUUUGGGGGGCUUCUUGAGACUGAAAAGAUGUCGGGAAGAGAUGAUAGUGGCACAUCUAAGGAGUUUGCAGAGCGGACUGACGCUCCUCCCCCUUCUCUGUAACGCCGGAGCACUGGGCGCAGUGCGUGUGAAUCUCCCAGGGGGAAAGCAACUGGUCCCUGUGAUCUUUUCACCUUUGCUUCUACAUAGAGAUGUUAAUGUCGAGUAGAAAGAAAUGUAUCUUAGCAUCUGAAUGAUUUUACCGGUAAUAAUAUUAUCCACAGAUUUGCAAUGGCUGGCAUCUGCUUUAUUCCCAUUGCUGUUUGCAGGCUGUGGGAAUUUCACCUGUCAAACCAAACUUUCCUUCUCUGAUGUGCACUUUGUUCUGUUUCCCAGAUUCGUCACAAUGCCCAUUGUCCCGUCCUUCUCUUUCCUUUUUCUUCCCUAUUUUGCCAUCUGUCUCUUAUGAUUUAUAAGAGGGAAAAAAACUUGCUUUGUUAGAGGGGCAGGUUAGAAGUCAUUGUAUAAUUUGUAGGCUUUGUAAUGAUUGAAUGAAAGCGUGGAAAUUUAGGCUGAACUCUCUAUCAAAAGGAAAAAUGUGGAGGAAAAGGGAAAAAUCAGGAGGGAGGAUUGCUUCAUGCAUUAUUUAUCUCGACCUUUUAGGGGAGAAGGAACUCCCCCAUUCUUUCAAGAGAUUAAAAAUAAAUCAACAGUCUGAAAACCUAAGCAGACACGGAGCGUUAUCGGGAUCAGCCACACACGUGUUCCCUUCUAUUUAUUAUGAAGAAAUUUUUCAUGGGAAAAGUAUGUAUUUUUUGUAUAUUCCACAGAGUUUAUUCUAGUAUGUAUUUACGUCUUGAAGAACAAGAAAAUUGUUCUUGUGAUUAAACUAUAAAUAAAGUAUCUAAUUUUC